AUGCGCGGCACCAAAGGUGCCUUUCCCAUAGGCGGCACCGAUGGUGCCAUUCCCAUGGGCAGCACUGCCUAUAUAAUGGGCCAGCCGGCUGGCAUCGCAAUGGCUCCAUUGAUUCGAUCCGAUAGACACAUAUCUGAUGCGGCUAAUCAGGCGGACUUGUACCAAGUAAUAAGGGGCCGUGUGAAUGGUUUAAAGAAAGCUCCGAAUGCCCGAUUGAUGCCGUACUUGAAGCAAGCCGGAUUUGGGUCAGCAGCAUUGAUCCGGACUUCCGACUUGCGCUAUGAUUUAUUAUCUGCGCUAGUGGAGCGGUGGCGCCCAGAGACCCACACUUUUCAUUUUCCGUGUGGGGAGUGCACUGUGACUUUGGAGGAUGUUGCAAUGCAGCUUGAGCUCCCAAUUGACGGGAGUCCCGUAAUGGGAGUAUCUUCAUUUAUCGAUCCGGCUGCACUUUGUUAUCAGCUCCUAGGAGGCUCGCCAGAGGAUGAUGAGUCGAAUUUUACGGGCUUAAAAUUUACAUGGCUGAAAGGCAAAUUUGGACAAUUAUCAGCGACUACCACUGAAGGUGAGUUGAUGUGCGCUGCUCGAGCGUACAUCAUGCAUAUCCUAGGGGGAGUACUCAUGCCCGAUGCAAACAACAACAAGGUGCAUUUGAUGUACUUGUCCCUGUUAGCUGAUUUGUCCAGUGUUAGCUCAUAUAGCUGGGGCUCCGCCGUUCUAGCAGUGUUGUAUCGGGAGCUUUGUCGGGUGACAAACCCGGAUGUUGUAGACAUGGGCGGAUGCCUCACAUUGCUGCAGUCCUGGGCGCUCUAUCGGAUGCCAUUUUUGGCAUUGGUUAGUCACCAACUGUAUGUUUAUCCACUGGUGAACAGGUGA